AUGGCUGGACUCAAAACAGGGAAUGGUGGGCAGCAAAAUGCGUGGAAUCGUGAGCAAGGAGGGCAUAGCUCAUCGGCCAACGAUACGGAGGAUUCACGUAGAAAGAGCGAUGGUUCUAUGCCUGAAUGGAUGGAAGAUGGAGAAGAUCAAGAUAAAGAGGAAUCUGGUGAUGAAGCAACCAGUGCAACGGGUUCAUUUGAUGAACAUGGCACGAUAAAUCCGCGAAGACAGCAUAACGUUCCCGCUGAAUCAACGCAAGCAAGAAAAACAGCUGACGUCACUGAAAACAAGUAUGAAAGACAAAAGUCAACAAAUAAUGAAAACCAGAGCACCGAGAAGACCGCUCCACCUCUGCAGACGCCUCGUGAUACCAAUCCUCCAUCAGGAGACGUAAAUGUUUCAAAUACCGAAACCGACGGUUCACGAAGUUACAUGGCUAUGCGGCCGCAAGCUGAACAACUUGGAUAUCAUUCCGCUGUGCCUUCGCAACAUCCAGGUGUUGGUGCUGGACCUGUACCCAGUGCUCCCCCACCAAUGAUUCAUCCACCUACUCCUCAGUUCUUCUACUUGGAUCCAACCAAGCAAGAGCGCGGUCCUUUCGAGAAGCUUCAAAUGGACAGCUGGUAUAAACGUGGUUAUUUCACGGAAGGAUUGGAAGUUAGGCGUCAUACUGAGACAAAGUACAGAACGUUAGGCGAAUUGAUGCAGUUGAAUGGACGAAUGACGCCGUUCGACUAUAAAGAUGAUGUAGCUUCUCACCCACCGGUGACAAUGUUUUCGAAUCCAUCCCAACCGUACCCACCCCUCUUCGCAAGUGGAGGAAUGUGGAGCGACCUAGGCGCCCCUGCAAAUAUGAUGUACAGUCAAGCGGGCUAUGAUCCUAUUGCUGCCGAAAGAAAGCGAAUCGAGGAAGAGCAACGACGGAUACUAGAGGAACAAGCCAAAAUGAGAGAAUACCAGGAACAUCUUGUGCGGGAAUUACAGAAGCAGAGGGAAGAACAUGAGAAACAGUUAAUGGAGCAAAAACUUGCGCUUCUCAAGCAUCAGGAGGAAAUUGAACGACGAGAACGUGAGCUGAAAGAGUCAGCUGAAGAAACGAAAGCCCGACUAGAGAUGGAAAGGCUUGCGCUUGCUGAGAAGGCUCGCCAGAUUGAAGAGGAACGAUUGGCCAAAAUCGAGGAAGAAGUUAGAAAAGCUGAAGAAAAACGAGCCGAGGAAGCAGAGCGGAAACGUUUGGAAGAGGAACUUGAGAGACAGCGGAUAGCAGAAAAAGAACAACUAAAGAAACAACAGGAGGCAGAGCGAGAAAGGCGUGCCAAAGAAGCUGCUGAAGAGGAAGCUCGGCGUGCCCGUGCAGCUGCAGAAGCUGCUGCGGCUGCUGAGAAAGCACGUAUUCAACAACAAGCAGAAGCGCAG